CAUCACUGCACCCCACCGGAUCCCCUCUUCGUGAUCGGCGCCGAAAUUGACGUAUUAGCAGAUCAGCUGUCAGUGGACAGCUGGUGCCUGCGGAGGAAACGCGGGCAACGGGCCCCAGCUUAGGUUUCAACCAAGGACGGAAAUCAGUUGCACUGUUGAUCGGUGCAUCGCCGCUAAGGCGCCGGCCUCUUGCCUGGUCAGCCCUUCACUAUGAGCAGGCUGCAGGAGGAACCAGCUUUUCCAGGCUUUCCCCCCUCUUCUUCCACAGCCACUCCAGCUCCAGUAUCGCCCAGCCCUGCACUCUCCGCAUACUCAUACUCCAGCGGCGGUUCGUCCGUCUCAGACUUGGACGACGUCGGGUCCUAUUGGAGCUUAGAUGAUUGGGGGCUUCCAACGGGGUCGAGAGCGCAGGGAAAGCAACAGCAAGAAGAGAGAGACGCUCACGCGCUCCCAAGGGCCCAAAAUGGCGUCGAGACGUGCGCCGGCGCAUACACGGCACACUCUGAAUGGUUGGGGUCAACUGCAGCAGUUUCAGAGACAGUUUCUGGGCCUAGCACGGGAUCAGGGUCAGGAUCUGCAACACCUGUCAAUCUAGGGAGCGGGUUCAGGACCAAGCUCAGCUCGCCCAGUACAACACCUAUCAAUUCGCGCUUCGCGUCCGGUUCUUUGACUGCACUGCUUGCCGCGGAUGAAGCGCAAGCAAAGCACGAGGAGCGAAGGGACUAUGCAUCAGAGGACGGGCAGCAUCAGGAGAAGCAGUAUGAGCAUGAGCUCCAGAUGGAGCAAGACCCGAAUGCUGAUGAGGUAGAAGGCGAUGCAGGAGAUGAGUUCGACUUGCACGAUGAGGAUGAAGAGGACAUGCACGCUAGCGGCGUGCCCGCUGCUCGAGGCUGGAACUUAGACGCCAGAUUGUCGGAUACUCCAAAGUUCAAGCGUCAGGUGCUAGAUAUGUUUUCGAAUGAGCUGUCACUCGCCGGCUGGACUCAGAAGGAUGUUCACCCGACUUUGUGGCCGCUGUCCGAGCAGCACUUGCAUCUUCGACGGAUAAGUGGGGCACUCACCAAUGCUGUCUUCUUCGUCAACUACAAGCCGCCAACUCCGUCUAGUAUGGAGCACACCCGCAAUGACAUUGACGGGAAACCGGGCGGCGCUUCAUCGUCGAACGCACCCACGCCUCCACCCACAGUUUUGCUCCGCGUCUAUGGCGUCGGUACCGAGGUGCUCCUCAGUCGUCGCGGCGAGCUGCUGAUAUUGCAUACACUGUCCUCGCUCUACGAGAUUGGCCCGCAUAUCCUCGGCACGUUCGCUAACGGCCGCGUGGAGGAGUAUUUCCCGUGCGAUCCGAUCGGCAAAGAGGGCAUUCGCGACCUGGGCACACGCGAGGAGUAUAUCACCAAGCGCGGCGAGCUGCACAUCAAAGGUGUCGAGGGCACGGCGCAGUGGGUCGCCAGGCGUAUGCGGGAGCUGCACGAAGUACCGCUGGAGGUGAUGAGGACCGUGCUGGAGCAGGGCGAUCUGCAUGCGCCUUCGGAGAAGGGGUUUGGGAGAGGCAUCCAAAACCACAUUAUGGCUAGCAGCCAUCGACCUAGGCCUCGACGGCCGUCCUCCAAGCCGAGGGGAGCCACUGGUUCCGUCAAUGCAGUGACUGCAUGGGGAGCGGCGGUAGCGGGGCCAAAACCGGGUGCAGCAGCAUCGGUGCUGCCUGGUGGAACGGGCUUGAUGCGCGAGAGCCCUGGCGCACUGCCGACGCGGGACUCCAUGCCUUCUCCCGCAGCGGCCGGUACGUCUUUGCGCGCAUUUGCUGCUGCAGGUGCAAAAGAGGCGCAUGAGCAAUCGUCCGAGGGGCAACUGCAGCAGCAGCAGCAGCAACAACCCUCCCAUGCACUGACGCAGGCGCAAGUACAGCAGGCAGAGCUCGCAGAUUGGAACGCGCGUUUUGACCUGCAUCGUAAUGGUUCAGCCGCCUCCGUCGGGUCGUACGGCUCAGCCGCAUCGUUCGACUCGCUCGCAACAAGCUUUGAUUCUCGUAUCAGCUUCUCUUCUUCCGCUUCGUCGUCUUCCGCUGCGAGCGAUCGCGAAGGCGGUAGUGGGAGGCGAGUGCGCUCACCGAUUGGUACGCCCAUGUCGAUCGCAAUGCCAACGCCGAUCAAUCCCUAUUUCCCACACAGCUCACGCGAGCGACCGGGGCGCUCACGCAGCAGCAACAGCGCAACUGGUGGUGGUUCUCAGUUAGCAGGGACGAGCAACCGGCCGUACCCUGGUGUGUGGCGGCGUAUGAAGCGUUGGUCGCGCGAAGCGGCCAAAGUCCUGCAGCUGUUCGAGGACGUCGCGCAGAGCCCCGCAGGAAAGCUGGCUUGCACGCUCGCGUUACGCUCCGCUCCGCAUGGCCUCCUUGCAGCUGGCGGCAGUGGAGACGAUAGUGGCAGUGAAGGGAUCGAUCUGCGUUCACUGGCGCAACAGCAGACCAUCACGUCUGAUAUGCUUUCUUCCACGUGCGGAAAUCUCUGCAACACGCUACUGUGCAUUGUCGCAAUGGAUUUCCCACGCCUGAUGCGCGAGCUCGACACAUUCAAGCGUUUCAUCCGCGAGUGGGAGAGGGCCGAAGGACAGAGCAAGCGCGUCUUUGCGCACAAUGACUCGCAGUAUGGCAACUUGCUUGUCGUCAAGACGCAGCCGCCGCCCUCUGCCGCCGCAGCUGGGAGGGACAACCCUUGGAAGAGUGGUCCGGGUGGUGUGCUCACGAGCACGCCGGCGCCUGCUUCGGGUAUGCCACGUGUCAAUGGCGGCACUGCGGUGCUUGUGCAUGCCAGACGAGACUCCUCUGUCUCGGUCGCGUCGGCAUCCGGCAAUGCGGAGGGCUCCACGUCAUCCGCAACGCCGUCACCAUCGCAAGUCCAGACGCAGCCACAGCCGCAGUCGCAGGACUUUUCACAGCAACCAAUGCGAGCGCAAACCAGCGCUUUCUAUCGCUCUUGCACAUCUCAGGCACGUCCCGUCAAGCGCUGGCAGCCGCACCAACAAGUCGUCGUUAUCGACUUUGAGUACGCCUCUCCCAACCCCCGAGCGUACGAUAUUGCCAAUCAUUUCCACGAGUGGCGCACAGACUACCACCACCCGAGCCUGUCGUGGAGCCUAACUCACCACGGAGCAUACCCUGACAAGCAACAGCGACAGAAGUGGCUCCGAGCGUACGUUCAACAGGGGCGCUUGUUACGCAUGAAGAAUGGUGGUUCGAAAAAUGCACUGCUCGAUGCUGCAUCCAUGCCAGCGCCGGCACCGCCAACUCCGCAAGCGCAAGCGCAGCCGCCGUCGGACUUCUCCAUCGGUCCCCCUGCUAUUCCGACCGCGAAACCUGCUUCCACUAAACCUGCUCAGCCCGCCGCAGCGUCUAAGCGACAACAGAGCGCUGCAUUACCUGCUACCAGUAGCCCCAGCUUGACCCCUUUCUUGCGCGGCGUCUCGUCUCCUCGCUCACCUUGGCUUGGCGCAAGUCACAGCACCGUUGCGCCUCCCCCUACCGCUGCCCAUGCUCCCAACCCUUCCACCACCGCUAUAGCAAACACUUCGCUUGCGCGUCUCGAUGCCAGCAUCGAACGCGAAGUCGACCGCUUGGAGCGUGAAGUGAACGUGUGGAGCCCAGCUUCACAUGCCGUUUGGGGUCUCUGGGGCAUCGUUUUUGGGCGCGCAGAGAUUGAGGCGGUCCUCGAGAGAGCCCUGGCAACGGUCAGAGAUGCAAGCAUGGGUACAGAUGCAGCGGGAGCCAAAGAUGACAAUGAGAACGAUGAUGUGCUGCUGCUGCAAGCGGAGGAGAAAGACAAGGAGGCAGGUGCAGAGGAGGCAGGUGCGGAGGAGGCGUUCGAUUACCUGCGUUACGCGCUUGGUCGCAUCGAGCUGUUCCGCUACGAAAUCAAGGAGCUGGGUAUCGUCUGAUCGCCACGUGGCAACUUGUAUCUUAAAAGGGUUGAUGGUGCGCGCUCCAAGUGGCGCAAGGAAGAUGGCGCUUUAGAAUGUGUGCAUGUGCUGCUAGCUGGUCAAAGU